GUCGUCUGGGGAACGUGUCGCGGUGUGACCGGAGUCCCUGCCGCCAGGGGACGAGCUGCUUGGGCCGGGCCGCGGCCGAUCGCUACAGCGUCUCCUCAGCAGCUUCCAGGCGGAGCGCGGCUGCCUCACGCCUAUACCGGCCGGCCUUGGGGCUGCCGAGUUGCUGUGAAGCCGAGUGGUGUGAAGCUGUGGAAUCUCCUCAGCUUGAUGGGUGGGGGUAGAUGCCAGUUUGCAAUGGGUCUUAAAACCAUCUGGAAGGACUACAAAGUUCUGAUUGUUAUGGGAACUAGCCUUGGGCUGGUGCACUGGGGGUGGUUUCACAUCAAGUCCAGUCCUAUUUUCCAAGUGAAGACACAGGACUUUGUUCCAGAACCUGGGAUUGUGACAUACGUGAUGCAAAGCGAUCACAAAAAUAAAGAAAAAUAGCAUUAGUGCUAUGUAUUGUGGGUAUAACUAGCUUUGAAGCUUUUCAUCUGUGGCUGUUGACAGAAGAAGAGAUGAGGAAAGCUAGCUGGAGUAGAAAGAACUUUCUGCUUGUGGCAGGACUGUCACUUAUAGGUGUCCAUUUUGGAAGCAUGCUUGUCAACUUUGUUGCAAAAAAAUCUGUUCGAUCACAUUCAGAAGCUAAAAAAGAUAGUCAUGAAUGAAAUAGCUUACUGCUGUUGUCCUAUAUCAAUUUCAUAAUAGGAUGCAAGCCUCAUGUGAAGAGCUAGAUUGUGAGUUGUCACAGGAAUGCACUGUUUCACAUUUAAAAUAAUAAUCCUUAGCUGCAAAGAAUUAAAAUGUACUACUUUAAAUUUUAAAAA